AUGUCCAACACCGUCACCUUGCGUUUGACCAAGGAACUGUCUGAAUUCGCAAAGAACCCGGACCACCAGCUCUACCUGCACUACGAUGACUCCAAUAUCAUGAACAUCAAGGCCAUGAUCACAGGUCCUCCUGAUACUCCGUAUUGCCUUGGUCAGUUCGAGUUCAGUCUUCAGUUCCCUCGAGACUACCCAACCAACCCACCGAAAGUGCUCGCCCUAACAACCAACCACGGUCGGUCCAGAUUCAACCCAAACAUCUACGCUGGAGGCAAGGUGUGCUUGAGUAUUCUCGGAACAUGGAGAGGAAACGCAGGAGAGCAAUGGUCCUCGGCGCACGGCAUCAUCAGUAUCCUUCUGAGUAUCCAGUCAUUGAUGAGCGACACUCCUUACCGCAACGAGCCUGGACAUGAUCUGGAGAAGGACAAUGCCAAGCUGGAGCCAUAUAACCAAAAGAUUCGUCACGAAACGAUUCGCAUCUCGAUUUGCGACAGACUGGAAGGAUACCUUGGAAUUGGUCAGGCUUUGAAUUUUAAUGGCUCAACAGACUCGACGAUCACUACAGCAUCGACGCCAUCAUCGCCUCUCGGCGCCGUCAACAACACCCUUGCUACGCCAGUAGGCACACCCAACUCUGGAGGAACACCCGUUGCGACUACCCCCUCCGUCUUCGACUCCAUCUACGCUUCGGCCGUCACGCCCGAUGAUGAGUUUUGCGAUCUCUCCAAGAGACUAUUCCUUGCAUACUACGACAUCUACCAGAACACGGUCCGAACAGAGUCGGAGCAAAUCAAGGACGGAACUACUUUCUACAAGGCGCCAUUCGAGUUUGGUGGCAACAAGAUGGACGGAACUUUCAACUAUGCGUCAUUGGCAAAGAGGCUCGAGGCCAUCAAGACAGCGAUCGACAAGGAGACCAACGAUUGGGUUACAGAGUCGAGCUCAUGGAUCAGUCACUUGAACAGCAUCUCGGGCAACCUGAAGCGUCAGUUUGAGCAGGUGCGAGAGUAUUACAACGAGAGCAACACUGGCGUGGUCGACAUUGAGCUUACCGACGGCAACCCCUUCCUGUGGAACUUUACGCUCUUUGGCAAGCCGAUGAGCAACUACGAUGGAGGCAUGUUCAAGGUCAAGAUAGUUUUCCACAAGGACUUUCCUGAGGUCCAGCCUCGAGUCAAGUUCUCGACACCGAUGUACCAUGUCCAUGUGACCCAGGAUGGCGUCCCGUUCUACACUGUCGAGAAGAUGGAUGACGCCCGGUCCCACAUUGAGGCCAUCAGCCGUCUCAUUGUGGAAGACGAGCCUUCAACCAACCCCUCCACUCAUGUCAACCUGCAGGCGGCGAAGCUUCACUUUGGAACCAAGGAGCAGCGUCGGGAAUACAACAGGAACGCUCGUCGAUGUGCCAGUCGGUCGACUGACUACUUUGACUAG